AUGUCUUGCAUUCAAGAGAUACGAUUAUCAUCAACGUUACAAAGUCUAAAAUCAUUAACAACUUGGAUCAUUAAAUGGUCGAUGGAGAGAUUUAAGACCAUGAGACUCCUUCUAAGUCCCCUCCUGUUUUUAUGCAUUACCUACCUCUUUUCCCCCACCCCUUGCCUUGCAUCCUCCAUAGCCGAAAAUGAAGCAGAGGUAGCGAAAUUUCUCGAUGAAGUCAAUCACCGUUUGGCUGUACUCUACAACCAAGAGGUCCUUGCCAAUUGGCAGAAUGAAAUCCAAGGACCCAACAACCUCAUUGCCCUCCUGCAAUCGGAAAUUGCCACUAAGGAAAUCAUGCGUUACAUUCAAAGCAUAGCAGUGAAGGUGAAAAAAUUUAAACGCCUCACUUUGGAAAAUGAGGAUUUGCGAAGGCAGCUUUCCCUGAUACCCGAAGUGGGUUAUGAAGUUCUACCGCCAGAGGAUUUGGAACUGCUCUAUGCCGUCACCGCAAAUAUGAGUGAAAUUUAUCGGCAUUCGAAGUUAUGUUCCUAUGUGCAGCGAGAGAAAUGUGAUCUCAUGUUAGUACCAGAUGUCCAGCAAAUUCUGCAUAGCACUGAGAGUGUUGAGGAAAUCGAGUACUACUGGCUGGAAUGGAGAAGGAAGACGGGUCUAGCUGCCCGUGAGGAUUUUCAUAAAUUUGUGGACUUAUAUCGGAAGACGGCAAAUUUGAAUGGUUUUACAAGGCCCUCCGAUUUUUGGUACAAGGACUUAGAGGAGAAUAGCCAGACUAUGUCCACGGUUUUGGAAAAAUUCAUGAAGGAUUUGAAGCCCUUCUUCGAACAAUUCCAUGCCUAUAUUCGUGGCCAAUUGAGAAAGAAAUAUGGUCCCCAACUGAUACAACCCCACAGACCCUAUCCCCAACACCUGGCCGAGAUAUUUAUUGGCAAUGCCUUCCGUUAUGGAGAUACCUCGGGGCAUAUGCAUUUACCCUUCGAUCAGAUGGCCAUGCCGAAUAUUACGGAAAAUCUACUAAGGAGAGGAUUGACCAAUACCCAGGUGAACUUUUGGAAUGCCAAAGAAUUUUUCCGAUCAUUGGGUAUGCCACAGCUGGAAGACAAAUUUUGGUCGGAAAGCUGUCAAGCCAAGGCGGAUUUGGAGGAUGACCAUUGCUGGCACAAGGCCUGGAAAUUCUAUGGCCUAUAUCAGGUGAAUUUUUCCUAUUGCCCUUUGACAACGGAGGAGACAUUUUUCAAUAUGUUCGAGGCUCUAUCGGAUGUGUAUUAUUAUAAGGCCUAUGAGAAUUUGGUCACACUGUAUCAGGAGGAACCUCUGCCCAAUUUCAGUGAUACUUUGGGGAAAUUUUUCUCGCUGGCUGCUUCGUCGCCGAAAUACCUAAAGAAACUGAAGGUUGUGGGUGAGGAAUAUUCCAACAAGGAGGCCAGGAUUAAUCGUUUAUAUAUACAGGGUCUUCGCACCAUCUUCCUGCUACCGGUCUUCUAUAUCUUGGAACGUUAUCGCUUGGAUGUCCUGGACAAAUCGAUGAACAUAAACGACAAUUGUGCCUAUUGGCGUCUAACAGAAGACUACACGGGAGCUGAACCACCCGUAGUUCGUACCAAUGAAGAUUUUGAUGCUCCGGCCAAGCUGCUCAUGGAGGUUGAUGACCAAUAUACCACACAAAUAUUAAGCACGGUACUGCAAUAUCAGCUACUGGAACACUUCUGCACCCUGACAAAUCAAUAUAAGCCGGGAGAUCCCCAGAAAUCAUUGGAUUUAUGUGAUUUGACGGGUCAAAGGAUUGUGGGAGAGAAAAUCAGGCAAGCCAUGGCCCUGGGUUCUUCGGUACCAUUUAAGCAGGUUUUGAAAACCAUUUUGGGUACGGAUCAAUUAAAUAUCAAUGGCCUGUUGGAGUACUAUCGUCCAUUGUACGAUUGGCUGGUGGAACAGAAUCGCAUGGAAAAUAAUGAAGUUGGAUGGCAGAAGUCGGAAAAAUGCCAACCCUAA